AUUAACCACCCCCAAUCAGCCAUAGAGCGAUUGGUAUCCUCCUCCUUUUUGCCGAUAUCCAAUCCAAUCGAAAGUAGCAUCGAAAUCUGUCGGAUUUAUGAAAAUUGCUUCACAAUUUCUCCGAAAAGCACCAACGUCGGGGAAGCUCUACCACCAGCUACACCCAAUUUGAUGUAGACUUGAAUCCAUCUUUGCUCAUGCGUGAGUCUUGAGCAAAAGGAGAGUGACGAAGAUAAUAUUUCUCGAAUAAUUGGAGAAACGGAGAGAAUUUGGAAGAAAACGGAAACAUCGAUGGUCAAAGGUAAAGAUGGAAAGAGAUCGAAGAUUGCUAUAAACGAGACAGAACUGGACUUAGCCGGUAACAAAAAUCCGACACAAAGUCACAAUUUAUUGAAAUUGUAUAAAGACGAUAAUAUACACGGAUCUGGUCAAAACCGGAAAUAAACUGAUACUAAACUCUCUGAUUGUCCCUAAAACAUAUGAGAUCUUUAAGAGAGAGAGAUCCAAAAAUCCUUCUGAUCAGUGAGACUUACAAAGCCAUUGAAUAUCUUUACCCAAUGAAUAUAUUUAUAAACAUAAAACUCAAUUCCUCUACUUUUACAUCUUAAAAAAAAAACAGAAAAAACAAUAACAAAAGAGUAUCAGUGAGACUGAGAAAGUCAUUGUCGCAUGUACUUAUCCUCCUCUCUUAAGGCUUCGUUUCGAAUUCUUCAAUCAAUCCUUUGUAAAUCCUCAAAUUCUCCGCAAAGUUCUUCUCUUUACUCAUAAGAGUUCAUCAGAACCUCGUCGUCAUUAAUGGUUACAGCGAUGUUUUGUUCAUCAUCUCCUCCAAUUACAUCUCUUCUCUACCCAAAAGCUCAAAAAAAACCGAAUUCAAAGAGAUUUUCCUCUCUGCGUGCUUCAUUACCUGUUUCUGAUAACAAGCUUAAAGUUGAAUACACACCAUGGCUUAUCGUUGGACUUGGUAACCCUGGAUUCAAGUAUUACGGAACAAGGCAUAAUAUUGGUUUUGAGAUGAUUGAUCAUAUAGCUCGAGCAACGGAGAUUUCUAUGAACACUAUACAGUCCAAGGCUUUAGUUGGGAUAGGCUCUGUUGGAGAAGUGCCGAUUUUGUUGGUUAAACCUCAAGCUUACAUGAAUUUCAGCGGUGAAUCGGUUGGGCCGUUAGCAGCUUACUAUCAAAUACCAUUACGCCACAUUCUGAUGAUAUAUGAUGACAUGGGUUUGCCUAAUGGUGUCUUGAGGCUUCAACCAAAAGGAGGUCAUAGCCAACAUAAUGGAUUGAAGAAUGUGACAGAACAUUUAAAUGGUUGUCGCGGCUAUCCCCGCUUAUCAAUCGGAAUUGGAAAUCCACCAGGUAACAUGGACAUGAAGGCGUUUCUUCUCCAGAAAUUCAGCCCCUUGGAGCGCAAACAGAUCGAUGCGGGACUGGAACAAGGUGUUGAAGGUGUGAAGACACUCGUUGAAGAGGGAUUUAGUGACUCAAUAUCUCGAUUCAAUUUGGGGCAGAAAUACAAGUUUCACACAGUUUGAGUCCUUCACAUUUGCCUCAUCGUGAUACCUGUCACAGUAACAGUAGUCACACCCAUAGUCCAACAUUGUUCUUAUGCUUUAGUCUUUGUCUAGCUGAUAGGUAAUAUUGUAACUUUUAGAUUCUCUAAGAUCAAUUUUAUUGAUUUAUAUUUUGUUAUGUGA